AUGUUCCGUCAAAUCGCAUCCCGCAAUAUUCGUGCUGCCACUCAGGUAAGAUCGCAAAGGUUUUUCGCAGCCACUGCUUACCGCUCCUCGGUUAUCGAUACCGCCAAAGAUUUGUUGAAUAAAGCCAACAAAAAAACUGGAGAAGUUCUUGCCGAUGGUAUUGAAAAGACUGAGCAGGUGACUCCUACCACGGAAACUGUCAAGAACGCAGCUGACAAGGUUAACAAAAAAACUGGUGAGGUUCUUGCUGAUGGAAUUGAGAAGACUGAGCAAGUUAUUCCUGGUAAAGGUGAGGUGAAGGAAGCUGCCGAGAAUGCCGCUGACAAGGCCAAAGGUGCUGCUGAGAAGGUCAACCAGAAGACCGGAGAAGUGCUUGCUGAUGGAAUUGAAAAGACUGAAGAUGCUAUUCCUAGCAAGGGCGAAGUCAAGAAUGCUGCUGAAAAUGCUGCCGACAAAGCCAAGGAGACUGCUGAUAAUGCUGCUGACAAGGCUAAGGGUGCUGCUGGUGAAGUAUCAGAGAGUGCCAAGCACGCUGCUGAGAAGGAAAGAAUAAGACAAAACCACAAGGGUUACGAGGACUUGAAGGACAAGGGUAGCAAGGUUGAAACCGAACAGAAUCGUCCCGACGAUGCUGUAUAA